CUGCAACCUUUGGAAGUACGCAUCCGCGAUAGCCUGAUUGCCUCGGCAGGUUCACACGAAAAGUUUCUCCCUAAAUGCGAUCUUGAGGAGAUCAUCACUCUUGAAAACAUCAAAGUCGAGCUCAAACGAUCAAGAAGAGUAGUAUCAGACAUAGAUUUUAUCGCCCAGCAGGUCCUUGAACCUCCUGUUGACCAAGUCACUUCGCGUCGGAGAAUAUUUGCAAUCUUAUGUUUACUCCAAAAGGCUCCAAAGAUACAGGCCUUCAUUGAGGAAGCGAUCUUCGAUUGUGAUCUUCCGUUCGAUUUCGGUACUCGGGGGCGCAGUGAUUCUAGCGAAGGUUUCAAUCCACCCCCAAAACUCUUCAAGUCUUGGAAGCCAAAAAACGUCGAUGGUUUCGACCAGUACCAAGGGCAGCUCUUAGCCCCUUACUUCAAAUUGAGCAACAAUAACAGCUUUUCCUUCAGUGAGCAGAAGCUACACCAUUCGGUCGUUCUACCCUUCGUAGAAUACGAAGUCAAGGAUCGCAUCCUUGGUAAGACUAUCCAAGGUGGCUUUUCUGAAGUCCGAAUCGUAAAAAUACAUCGAGCGCAUCACGAUUAUCUUGCUCCAUUGCCGCAGCAGUCUGCGGAGGACUUUUACUUUGCCGUGAAACAAUUGCAGAAUCAUGGGAACGCACCAGUUACAACCGAGAAAGAAAGGAUACAGGAGGUCCAGGCAUACAAACGUCUAAAUUACAUACAGCAUCCACAUCUUACACGCCUUCUGGCGACAUAUACGCACAGGAAGCAUCUGCACCUGGUAUUUCCGUACGCUACGGGCGACCUCCACAAUUUUUGGUAUGACCAUUUCCCAAAACCCACGGAGGCUCUGAGAAAUCACAGAUUUGUGAGAUGGAUGUCUAAACAGCUUGUUGGUAUUGCACAAGCAUUGCAUACAAUUCACCAUUGCGAUGUCCAGGAGUUUGUUACCGAUCAUUCUUCUAUCGACGCCGCAAAAACCCAUGGUAGACAUGGAGAUUUGAAGCCGGAGAACAUACUAUGGUUCCCACAUGAAUCGAGCGGAUCAGAGGAAGAUUUUUUCGGCGUUCUAAAGAUUUCGGACUUUGGAUUCGCGGAAUUCCAUUCGCCACUCUCCUUAUCCGUUGAAGCGUCUGGCGUCGGCGGCAUUACGCCCACUUACAAAGCUCCAGAAUUCGACAUGAACCGAAUUUCCCCCAAGUACGAUAUAUGGUCUUUGGGUUGCAUUAUUCUACAGUUCGUUGUCUGGUAUUUACGGGGUUGGGAUGGAGUGGAAAGGUUCUCCAAAACCCGGAUGGAUGAAUCUAACCGCUUGGACCAUCCAGACGAUUUCUUCAACUUCUACCGUACCCGCCCUGAUGAAGAAGUUCUGGAAAUUGAUUCACUUCGAGAUCACCCCUCCUCGAGCGACUUCAUCCUCGAUCUAGUGGACUUCAUAGAGUCGAGGCUUCUCCGAAUGAAUGCCAAAAGUCGCGCUACUUGCGACGAGACUUUCCAGAAAUUGAAGAAGAUAGAUUCAAAUUGCAGGGAAAGCAUAGAGUACUGCACGCAAAGGCGCAAAGCAAUCACGAAGACGGCCACAGAUCUAUCGGACAGAAUAGAAGUAAAGGUCUCAGCAAAGAUGCGCGAGGAGAUCAUCGAGACAAUCGACCCAUCUUCACCGAUACUACCCGAAGCAAUCGAAUGGCCGGAACAACGCCCUUCCACAUCUACGGAAACUGGGAUGGAGACAAUUGCUGCUACAGAAGCCUCUAGUAGCCCCGGUACAACUGUUCAUUCUUUUGGCACGGUUCCAGAUCAAGUCAACCAGGAACCGGACAUCGGAAUUGGAUUGAGAAUUUUAGAGAAUUCGAGCGAACAGUCCAACAACACUCGUAUUGACCCACCAAACAACGCAUAUAGCACUAAUAAUGGGGUUUCGCAUAAAACCGCGAACGGAAUUGGAGAUAAGCCUGAACCUCGGAAUCGGUUUAAGAUGUGGUUGAGAAAGCUACUCCGAUGCUUUGUAUGA